CUCCAUAGCGUCGUUACCAUUUUCCCACGUGGUUUCUUUAGUGCAUCAUGGCGGCUGGUUUCAAGACAGCAGAGCCAUUGGAAUAUCACAGAAGCUUUUUGAAAGAAAACUGCCGACCAGAUGGGAGGGAACUGGGAGAAUUCAGACCUACAACAUUAAAUAUUGGUUCAAUAAACACAGCUGAGGGCUCAGCAUUGGUGAAAAUUGGAAACACAACGGUCAUCUGUGGCAUAAAAGCAGAAUUAGCCUUGCCAUCUAGCGAUGCUCCAGAUAAAGGAUAUAUUGUUCCGAAUGUGGACCUGCCUCCACUCUGCUCCUCCAGAUUCCGACCUGGUCCUCCCGGAGAACAGGCGCAGACAGCCAGCCAGUUCAUCGCUGAUGUCAUCGACAGCUCUAACAUUAUAAAGAAAGAAGACUUGUGCAUUGAGAAGUCAAAGUUGUGCUGGGUCCUGUACUGUGACAUCAUGUGUUUGGACUAUGACGGAAACUUACUUGACGCGUGCAUCAUAACCUUACUAGCAGCGUUAAAGAAUGCCCAACUUCCCAAAGUCACAAUUAACAAGGAGACAGAUUUAGCAGAGGUGGAGCUGCAGCACAAGAGACACCUGCAAAUCCGCUGCCACCCGGUCGCCUCGUCUUUCGCAGUAUUUGAUGACACAGUGAUUAUAGUGGACCCUACAGCAGAAGAGGAAAGCUUGUGCAGGGCAUUACUCACUGCAGUCACAGACGAGGACGAUCAGCUCUGCGCUCUCCACAAACCGGGAGGCAUUUCCUUAUCAGCAGAGAAGCUUCAGGACUGCAUAAGCCGAGCUGUAACACGCAAUCGCGAAAUCAGCAAACUCAUUGACAAAGUCAUCCAGAGCACCGAGAUGUCAAAAUGAAUGGGGGAAGACACAUUUUAUCUAAAAGUUGUAUUUUUCACUGUCAAUAUAUAUUUUCUUUUAUCACAAUAAAACUGCUGACAAAGACCAUUUACAAAA